AUAUUUGAAUCAUCUACGAUUUUGUUAAGUAUGGAAGUAGCAAGGCGUAACAACGGCUUCCGCAAGGUUGCCAAGUGGAUUGCUGGUGCCAUUGUUGUGGCAGGUGCUGCUACUGGAGGUGUUGAUGGAGGAUUGUUAUCUAUCUUUAAGAAUGCUGCCAGGGAAGAGGAUAAGCUAUUACAUGCACCUGAGGCUGUAGGUUUUGUCACUUCUCUUGGCAAAAAGUACACUAACAAAGAUAUAGACGAUCUUGUAGAUCGAACUGGUUUGAAAGGUACCGGUGGAGUUACCCGUCAUAUGUUAGCAGUCAGGAGGGAUGAAUUAUUACGUGAAAUGAAUAAGUUUAACUCAAUUUUGGAAGUCCUUCCAGAAGAAAUUGCUGUCGAGGCAGGCAAAUAUGCAACUUAUGAUAAAUUACCAGCUGCUUUAGCUAAAGAAGUGAAAUGGAAUUAUUUUAAUAAAAAACAUUUUGGACUUAUGGAACAAGUUCCUCAAGACCUAGCAGAUGAAAUGUUGAAAUGUGAUAUUUACGAAGGAUUUUCAGGCAAGUUGAUUGAUAAAAUCAAUGCAUUUUUACAUCCUUUCGAUCCAUCUACUGUGAUUAUUGAUGAAUCACACCGUGGAAAGAGUGCUGGUAGUGCACCGACCACACCUGGAAGUACUGAAGUUACAGAAAAAAGCGAAAAGACGAAGGAUGCAAUAAAGGAGAGUGAUGAUAGUGUAAAAGAAGGUGAGGAGUCCAAAGAAGAAGAGGAAUAAUUGGUUGGCAAAACUAUGGAGUUAAUAACUAAUACAGGAAAAUAAUGGAGAUAUUGAAAGAUAGCAAGUAAACAUUAAU